ACGCAUAUUAAUGUUAAAAAACCUCAUUAAGUCAAAUUGUCAUGCCAUGGGACCUUUAAGAGAACUAAAAACACGUCAAUCAUGACGAUUGUAGCCGAUCAAAUUCCCUUUUCAUACAAGUAACACCCCAGAGCCAGCUGUCACAUGCAUGUGUUUUGUGAGAAAGAAAAAAACAUCAACAACGUUUGAAUUCAUGUAAAAGCAGGACGGAGUGAAACGUUACGGUCGGCCAACCGAUUUUCCUCUGACAAACCCGGAAGUUUUUUGUCUGUCUCCCCUCUGGCUGGAAGCAGGCAGGCGAGCAGCUCCUGUGACAGUAACCUCUCCAUUUUUUUGGAUAAAGUCCGCUUCAGCCUCCGAGCUCACCAUCACCAUCUCCCCAGGUGUGAGUGUUAGUAAGGUGUGUGCAUGUGUGUGUGGAUUGAGUGUGUUUUGGGGUGAUGUACUGUACCUACCAGGAUCGGAAGGAGUUGGAGGAUGAUCUCUAUCAAGAGGAUGAAGGGGACUCUGAGGGGUCAGAGGCCAACAGCGAGCUGGAGUUCCACCUCUACAGCCAGCUCCACUACUCUUCUAAUGCCGGGGUGUUAGAGGAGCAGGAGGAUAGAGGAGGAGAGAAGGCGGAGGGCCAGAACAGCCAGCAGCUUGAGGUGCCUGAGAAGACUGUAGAUGUUGACGGAGAACAGGAACAGACUGGAGAAAGUAGGCCUCCGUCACCUGAUUUGAGCGAGUUACUGCAGCACCUGAAGAACAAGAAGGGAGAGAAACCUGAUAAACAGAAGAAGGGAAAAAGUGACCCUAAAGGUCUGAGGUCGUCGUCAUCAUUUUUUGAGGAGGUCAUUGUGAUUGACUCCAGCCCUGAUGUCAUCUCCAUCUCUGAUGAUGACACUACCGAUGAUGAUAAAGGGGUCUGCGCAUUAAAGGGCCGAGGCUUAAACCAGCGGCAGACUUCUACCCCGGCCCAACAGGGAACCCAGAAAAGGAGUCUCCGUGUGCCAGUGACUGUGGACUCCAGCAGCUCCGAGUCAGAUUCAGAAGAGUCGGAAUCAAAGUCUGAGUCGUCAGAUUCUUCCGAUUCUGAUGGUCUGGAGAACUGGAUGAUCCUGGGUCCAGGGAAGCAGGAUGGAGACCAUUCCAUCUCUCUCAACCUAAAGGGAGGGUCUGACAGCAACACAGAUGUUGAAGAAGAAGUGGGCGGCUGGUUGGUUUCUUCCAAGGACAAAGAGGCUCGGAUCUAUAACAAAGACAAGGGUGCCAGGAUAAUGGUGUCAAACAGAUACUAUACUAACAAGAUCGUCCAGUGUAGAAACUGCAACAAGAACGGACAUCUCUCCAAGAACUGCCCUGAGCCCAAAAAGUUGCCGCCCUGCUUCCUUUGUGGCAACCCAGGCCACCUGGUCAGUGGAUGUCCCAAUAAGCACUGCAACAACUGCGGCUUGCCUGGGCACCUCUUCAAUUCCUGCCGCGAGAGAGCGUACUGGCGCAAACAGUGCGAACGCUGCAGCAUGACGGGGCACUUCUCUGAAGCUUGUCCAGAGAUAUGGAGACAGUAUCACAACUCGACUAAGGAAGGUCCUCCUGUAAAGCAGCAACGAAAAGAACACCGGAGUCGACACCAGCCCUUCUGCUACAACUGCUCCAGGAAAGGACACUAUGGCCAUGCGUGUAAACUGCAGAGGAUGUUCAAUGGGCCUUAUCCCAGCACCCCAUUCAUUAACCACUAUGACACUGUAAAGGACAUCAAAGGCAGACAAGACUGGAUAAUGUCGAAGGUUAAAGAACUGAAGAAAAAUGGCUUUUUACCUGCCUGUUCUCAGACCCCUCUCACUCCAGGACCGCCAAAGAAGAAACUGAAAAUCAGCCAUCACAAAAGUAACCCCCAGCCUUACCAUACACCUCACCAAAGCCCAAACAAGCCGACCCCCAAAUCCAGCCAUAUCUUUUUUAAUGACAACGAUGACUUUGGGUCAGCAGCACCCAAAACGAAUAAGAACAAUAAGCACCAACAACAGAAAGGCACUAGCAAUGUGAAACCGUGGAAACCCAAGAGACCAGUGCCCACCUCGAAAGACCCUCACCCACCAACUAAACUCAUUUUGGAUGAAGCAGAUGACUUUCCCAGAGGUGGGGGCAAAGGAGAGGAUAUAGUGAAGAAGAGGAAUAGGUUGAAGAAAACGAAGCAAGUUCCUUUAGCGCAACCAGAAGGACACAGAAAGAGCAGACCAGACCGUCUCUGUUGGACUGUAACUGGAGAGAUGCAGGGGUCAGUGUCAAAGCAAGAGAAAGGAAAGAGGAAAAAGAGAAAUCGAGCCCGGAAGAGCACUGACAAAAAGGAUGCUGCACAGAUGUACCCAACAGAUGAGAACCUGUUUAUCAUCAAACAGAAGAAGAAACGCAACAGAUAUAAGGAAUCUGUUUGAGGUGUAGGAGUCAGGGUCUGCCGGGGCAGUGAUCUUCAUGACCAGUACAUAUAGUACAUAUAGUAUGUCCUUGUGACAUUUGGGGACUUGUCAGACAUUCUGUUGACUCAGGUGCUUUAUGAGGUGCACAGGCCUUUUUUUAACGGAAGAUGUUUUGCCAUGUCACAGAAGGAAAAGCACAGGUGUAAAUAAUAAAAUGAAUGAUGGCUGAAUUGAUCUGCUUCAGUUUCAGGGUCCUGGUAAUGUGCAUGCUGACUCAUUGUCACACUGUCGGGGCUUACUGGGACACUUGAAUAGAACAAAGCCAUUGUUCGGUUCACAAUUUUUGAAGUCUGUCUUAAAGGUAUAAUAUGCAGUAUUUUACCGGUUUUGUUUUUUUUCUCUUAUUUUUCUGUGUGCGGGACGUUUAUAGGCGUCAGCAAAGAGCCUUUGGGCCCCACGUGAAUGUGGAACCCCCAGGCAGUAACCUCGGCAUCUCAUACCGACGCAAAAGUUUAACCAACACAGACACAAACAGGAUAAAACUCUGCAUUCACACAAAAUCCAGCAAUGUGGAACCUUCCCGCAGAGGUGUGGGUGUGUUUAUUUGUGCUCCAGAACGUUAUAUCCGUGAAACAAUCAGAAAUAACUUUUUAUUCCUCUGAUUCACGGUUUUCUUCGACGCUCCCUCUUCUACGCUGGCCAGGGAAACAACAGGAGGGGAUUUUGUACCGAAAAGAGCGUAACAUUGGAAGAUAUCCACUUGAUUUGUCUAACUCAGACAAAAAACGAUACAAACCUACAUUGGAAACGCUUUUGAUUAUAACAAGCAAAACUUGUUUUAAUGUUCAUAUGGGCAACUAACUAUCGUUUUAAGACAAAAAAAAAAGUGAAGUUAUCCUGUAUUAAUUAGCUACACCUGUACUUUCCCUACAGUGAUCAAAAUGGCUGCUGUCUCCUGUGGUCAGUGUGAGAAUUAUAGCCCCUAUUCAAACAGUGGCAUAAUUUUCACAAUGAAGUCACUGUUAAUAUAUAUGGAGAUAGACAAUUAAGAACCCAGUUAAGAGUUCAGUUCACAGUCUGUUCACAUUAGUUUCUGCACAUGGCAAAAUUUGAAUUGAAAACAGACUUUGCUCAGUGAAGUAGAUCAUUUCAUAGUGCCUCUGCUCUGAACACAUAUUCUUAAAGUUGUUGCUGCUGUUUGCAGUUGGAAUCAAAGGAUGACGGAUUUAAAAAAAAUACUUUUGAAAAUGGUUCUCUUUUAUUUAGAACUGAAGAUAUGCCUUUUUUCUAUAACACUCAUUAAUUCGUUCAUCAUCAUCUAAACAUUUUAACAUACUGUAAAUACCUCCUAUUACACAUCAUGUUUGAUUCAAUUCUGCAGAUAGUCUCCUCACCAGUUCUUUUGUGAUCUGCAUCACGGACAUGCAGCCCUGGCAGUAUUAACUUUUAACCCUUCCUAUUUAAAUUCAGUUGUACAUGGUCUUAUUUGUUAUGGUUUUAACAUGAUGAAACCUUAUUAACAUAACAUGAAAGAUUAUGAGACGGUUCCAUGAUAACACCUAGCUACCUGAAGCACUUGGAAAAUUACAACUUGAAUCUGCUCUGUCUGACUAAGUUCUGUGAUUCAGGAAGAGAAAUUCAUUGCAUUAGUUUUGUGCUUCAUCUAAGACCUGUUUACACUGGUCCAUUCAGUAACUGUUGCAUAAUUAUUCACAUUGCAUUUAUGAUGUAAUUUAUGAUGAUACAUUAAAAUAAUUUGGUUCCAGUCCCUAAA